AUGGCGCUGAAGGUAGCGACCGUCGCCGGCAGCGCCGCGAAGGCGGUGCUCAGGCCAGCCCUUCUCUGCCGUCCCUGGGAGGUUCUAGGCGCCCACGAGGUCCCCUCGAGGAACAUCUUUUCAGAACAAACAAUUCCUCCGUCCGCUAAGUAUGGCGGGCGGCACACGGUGACCAUGAUCCCAGGGGAUGGCAUCGGGCCGGAGCUCAUGCUGCAUGUCAAGUCCGUCUUCAGGCACGCAUGUGUACCAGUGGACUUUGAAGAGGUGCACGUGAGUUCCAAUGCUGAUGAAGAGGACAUUCGCAAUGCCAUCAUGGCCAUCCGCCGGAACCGCGUGGCCCUAAAGGGUAACAUCGAAACCAACCAUAACCUGCCACCGUCGCACAAAUCUCGAAACAAUAUCCUUCGCACCAGCCUGGACCUCUAUGCCAACGUCAUCCACUGUAAGAGCCUGCCAGGCGUGGUGACCCGGCACAAGGACAUAGACAUCCUCAUUGUCCGGGAGAACACAGAGGGCGAGUACAGCAGCCUGGAGCAUGAGAGUGUGGCGGGAGUGGUGGAGAGCCUGAAGAUCAUCACCAAGGCCAAGUCCCUGCGCAUUGCCGAGUAUGCCUUCAAGCUGGCGCAGGAGAGCGGGCGCAAGAAAGUGACGGCCGUGCACAAGGCCAACAUCAUGAAACUGGGCGACGGGCUUUUCCUCCAGUGCUGCAGGGAGGUGGCAACCCGCUACCCUCAGAUCACCUUCGAGAACAUGAUUGUGGACAAUACCACCAUGCAGCUGGUGUCCCGGCCCCAGCAGUUUGAUGUCAUGGUGAUGCCCAAUCUCUAUGGUAACAUCGUCAACAAUGUCUGCGCGGGACUGGUCGGGGGCCCAGGCCUUGUGGCUGGGGCCAACUAUGGCCAUGUGUACGCGGUGUUUGAAACAGCUACGAGGAACACAGGCAAGAGUAUCGCCAAUAAGAACAUCGCCAACCCCACGGCCACCCUGCUGGCCAGCUGCAUGAUGCUGGACCACCUCAAGCUGCACUCCUAUGCUACCUCCAUCCGUAAGGCUGUCCUGGCAUCCAUGGACAAUGAGAAUGUGAGGUUCCCCUUGCACCCUAUCCUGCUGCCCCACCCAGUCUCCCCCUGCAGCCUCCUGGAGCCCGCCUCAUGCACUGACCACAGCCCCCAGGGGAGGAUGGUACUGGAUCUAGCCCCAUCUUCUGGCCCUUAGCUGGUGCCACUUCCCUCCUGUGGCAAUCCCAGUCCUGCACGUCACAGGAGACAGCAGGGGGUGGCAGGGCCUGGUGUGUGCCGAGCCUGCCUGUGUCCUACAGAUGCACACUCCGGACAUCGGGGGCCAGGGCACAACAUCUGAAGCCAUCCAGGACAUCAUCCGCCACAUCCGCGUCAUCAACGGCCGGGCCGUGGAGGCCUAGGCUGGCCCUAGGACGACCUUCUUGGUUUGCUCCUUGGAUUCCCCUUCCCACUCCAGCACCCCAGCCAGCCUGGUACACAGAUCCCAGAAUAAAACACCUUUUCCCUAGA